AUGGCCGACCUUCAGGGCCGCAAGACAUUCAAGGUCUUCAACCAGGAUUUCAUCGUCGACGAGCGCUACACCGUGACCAAAGAGCUGGGGCAGGGCGCAUACGGUAUCGUCUGUGCCGCAACCAACAACCAAACAGGCGAGGGCGUCGCGAUUAAAAAGGUCACCAAUGUCUUCAGCAAGAAGAUUCUCGCCAAGCKCGCAUUGCGAGAGAUCAAGCUGCUUCAGCACUUCCGCGGGCACAGAAACAUUACAUGUCUAUACGAUAUGGAUAUCCCACGGCCCGACAAUUUCAACGAGACCUAUCUCUACGAGGAGCUCAUGGAAUGCGAUCUCGCGGCUAUCAUCCGCUCUGGCCAACCCCUUACCGACGCCCACUUCCAGUCCUUCAUCUACCAGAUUCUUUGUGGACUAAAGUACAUUCACAGUGCCAAUGUGUUGCACCGUGACCUAAAGCCGGGUAAUUUGCUCGUCAAUGCAGAUUGCGAGCUGAAGAUUUGCGACUUUGGGCUGGCCAGAGGGUUCAGUGUGGACCCGGAGGAGAACGCUGGGUACAUGACUGAAUACGUCGCAACACGUUGGUACAGAGCUCCUGAGAUCAUGCUCAGCUUUCAGAGCUACACCAAAGCUAUUGACGUUUGGUCUGUGGGCUGUAUACUGGCAGAACUUCUUGGCAGCAAACCGUUCUUCAAGGGCCGCGACUACGUCGACCAGCUGAACCAGAUUCUGCAUUAUUUGGGUACGCCUUCGGAGUCGACACUCGCCCGGAUCGGUUCUCCCAGGGCGCAGGAAUACGUGCGAAACCUCCCCUUCAUGAACAAGAUACCGUUCCAAUCGCUAUUUCCCCGUGCGAACCCAGAUUCUCUAGAUCUCCUCGACCGCAUGCUCGCUUUCGAUCCAAGCCAGCGCAUUGAGGUGGAGGAGGCACUUGAACAUCGGUACCUGUCCAUUUGGCACGACGCUUCGGAUGAGCCAGCGUGUCCAACAACGUUCGAUUUCGGCUUCGAGGUGGUAGAUGAAGUUCCAGAUAUGAGGCAAAUGAYCCUGGCCGAGGUGAAGCAGUUCCGUCACUCUGUUCGUGCUCCACAGCAGGCGCAGUAUUCACAAGGGCACCAGCAGGGCCAGCAGGUGCCCAUUCCGGAUGGUUACGACCGGGCGUACGAGGACCCGAGGCCUCAGGAGAUGGCUGGUCGUGUAGCCGGGCAGGAUUUAGAGAGAGAGCUGGAGGGCGGUUUGGACGCGAUGCGGUAA